GUUGUCGGAGAUGUGCGUACGCGACGUGCGACGGAAUCGAGAGCGUGGACGACGACAGGACGCCGACGACGACGAGGCCGCCGCCGACGCUGCGGCCGCACCAACCGUGGCAGGCCGUCGACGCGAUUUUUCUCCGCGACUGGUCUCGGACCGUCCGUCGCUUCCGGUCCUCCAGCUCGUGGCCGCGCGCGUCGCGAUCAUCCGCGAUUGAUCUCUCAUCCGGGGAUCGGACGGAUCGGAAUGUCGGAUCGUUGUUGUCGUACGGCACAAUCGUCCGCGGCGUCGCGACGCGCCGCGAAGCAUCUCCGGAAGCGGAAAUUGCCAGGCUAAGAUCGCCGUCUCGACGCGGGAUAGGAUCGACGAAUGUGUCUUCCUCUUUCUUUCUGUCUACCUCUCUUAUCGAUUUUGAUUGUCACUGGAGAACAAUACCAAAGGGAGAUCGCGAGAUAAGGUAUUUUAGGAGCUCGCAUUUCGUUCGGUCUAUUCCUCGAAUCGACAGCUCACGGUAAUAUGCGAGAUCGACAAAUUUACUCGUGUCACCGAGGACGAUGAUGUCGAAUGUUGAAUAUUCGUGUACCCGAACAGUCGAGAUUAGAAACUACGAUACAAACGUGUGAUAAGAAUAAGAGAAGAAUGCGCGGGAGGACUAUCGCCAUAAAAUACGGAUUAUUCGAAGGGUCCCGUAAACGCCGAUCACGCACGAUUCGGCGAUCGAGGGAUUAUUUGUGCGACGAUUUUACUUCAAAGAAGACUAAGAUACGAUGGAAUAAACGCGAAAAAAGAAGAGAAACACUCGCGGGGGACGAUUGUAUCACAUUUCUUUCUGGAAGUGUAAAGCUAACUUUUUCAAAAAAUUAAAUGUCAAAGAUGAACAAUAGUCACUGCUUAGAAAGACAAUAUUAAUGAUAAGGAUGAGACGCGAAGUAGCACAUAAGUUAGGUAAUAGUGAUUCAUAUAAUUUUCGAUCGACCAAAGGAUUUACAAAAUAUAUAGCUAAUAAUGUACCAAAGAGUGAUCGCCGAAGCAAUGCAUAUAAAAUAUAUACCCUAAUAUAUUUUUCUUUUUGUUGAUCAAAAAAAUAUUUUUCUCAUAAACCAAAGAUGAUCGCAAGGACAGUGAUCGAAGAAAAUGGAACAAGUGAUGUAGUGAAAUAAAUUUUUUUUCGGAACUACAGAGGGGGGUGUGUGUUGGGAAAUGUGGACAGAAAAAUGCGUGCAUUUAGCGAUUUUUAGCGAACAUCCGUGCGCGUUUUCGCGAUUUUGGUUUCGGAUUCGAGUGCUGCGCUCGAAAGUGAAAAAAGUGGAGGGGAGACUGAAGUUUUAACCCGGUUGAGCAAUUUCAAGACCGGAAACGGUGGAAGAUAUAGGAGAGCGUGAUGUAGAGGGACUCGCAGUCCUGGAGACGUUAUACUGGGAGAUCGCCGUUGCCCGGCGUAGCCUGAUCUCUUCUUGGUAUCGUUCGAUACCAAGAUGCUCGACAUAUUUCGCAGUCUCAAGAGCCUUAUAAAAAUCUCGCAUAUUCAUACCGACAGCGCCGUUUUUCGCCUGCAUUACAGUCUCACCGUGAUCCUGCUGAUAGCGUUCUCCCUCAUCGUCACCACCCGCCAGUACGUCGGCAAUCCCAUUGAUUGCAUACACAGCAAGGAUCUGCCGGAGGAUGUUUUGAACACUUACUGCUGGAUUCACAGCACGUACACUAUAACGGCGGCGUAUCGGAAGAAGGAAGGCUCGGAAGUGCCCUUUCCCGGCAUCGACAAUUCCAAAUCAUAUUCCGAAAGCGAGAGGAAGGAGUACAGAUACUACCAGUGGGUCUGUUUCAUGUUGUUUCUCCAGGCGAUCCUCUUUUAUACUCCGCGUUGGCUCUGGAAGGGAUGGGAGGGUGGUAAGAUUCAUGCCCUUAUGAUGGAUCUCGACAUCGGACUAUGCUCCGAGGUGGAGAAAAAGCAAAAGAAGAAGAUGCUGCUCGACUACCUUUGGGAGAACCUACGCUUUCACAAUUGGUGGGCUUACAGAUACUACCUAUGCGAGGUCCUCGCGCUGCUGAACGUCAUCGGUCAGAUGUUUCUGAUGAAUCGCUUCUUCGACGGCGCCUUCUUGACCUUCGGUAUCGACGUACUCAAAUUCCUCGAAUCCGAUCAAGAAGACCGAGUGGACCCGAUGAUUUACGUCUUUCCACGUAUGACCAAAUGCACUUUCUACAAGUACGGCGUCAGCGGGGAGGUGGAGAGGCACGACGCCGUUUGUAUACUGCCUUUAAACGUCGUCAACGAGAAGAUCUAUGUUUUCCUCUGGUUCUGGUUCCUUUUCCUCGGCGUGCUCAGUUUCUUUACGGUUUUGUAUAGGAUCCUAAUAAUAUUUUCGCCGCGCACGAGGGUCUACCUGUUGCGAAUGAGAUUUCGUUUGGUACGGAGGGACGCCGUGGAGACCAUAGUACGUCGCAGCAAGGUAGGCGAUUGGUUUCUCCUCUACAUGCUAGGCGAGAAUUUGGACACCGUGAUAUACAGAGAUGUGAUGCACGAUUUGGCGAACAAACUCGCCUCGAGGCAUCAGCAUGGCGUACCGGGAGUGAAGGGCGAGCUACAAGAAGCCUGAUCGAGGUUGCCUCGGAGGGUCGGCACGCUCGAUUCGCCGUCGCCGUCGUCGCGAUCCUGUC